AAUGCCUAGGGCCAUAGAGAUGAGAGGGAAACUCAGUAAAAAUAUUCCCUUACCUGUCUUGCAAAAGGUCAAGUCCGAAAGACGGAGAAGCGGGGGUCAGGCUGCCCAUGGCAAGCAAAAUCUCCCAGUCAGGCCUCAGCCUGAAGGCGGCCUGUGAGGCGGGGAACCUGCCAGCAGUGGCUGCCAUGUUGCAGCCCACACUUCAUUCGCUGGAAAAUGUCAGGCUGGACAUCGGCAUUACCGGGGGGACAGGCUCGGGCAAGUCGACCUUUGUCAAUGCCAUCCGGGGGCUCGGAGACGAGGACCCCAACUCGGCCUGCACGGGCGUGGUGGAAAUGACCGUGGACCCCACGCCAUACCCACACCCCAAGUACCCCAAUGUCGUCAUCUGGGACCUGCCGGGCAUAGGCACAUCCACCUUCCAGGCUGACAAAUACCUCCAGCGGGUGCUGCUGGACCGUCUCGACUUCCUCAUCAUCAUCAGCUCAGAGAGCUUCACCGCCAACCAUGCCCAGCUGGCCCGCGGGAUCCUCCGGCAGGGCAAGUGCUUCUACUUCAUCCGCUCCAAGGUGGACGUGGACAUGGCUGCCUCGCGCAGCCGCCGCCCCAGAGCCUUCUCUGAGGAGAGGGUGCUCAGCCAGAUCCGGGACGACUGUCGGCAGCGGCUGGAGGGUGAGGUGCAGGCUCCAGGAUCUGGGGUGGGUGGACUCCUGGAGAAUGCCCGCUGUUUCCCCUUCAUCUUCCAGCUGAGGUCCAGCGUGGGAAUAGGGGUCACUUAAGGUCACACUGUGGGACUGAAGGAGGCCUCACAGUGAAAGUCUUACAGCUGUAUUGUGUGCUGCUCUCAGCCCAUUAAUAAUCAGUGUUGUGGCUGGACCAGCCCUCCUGGUUCUUAUGAUGGC